AUGCAUGCUGCUCCUCCACAGUGGGAGGUGCAAUGGUCAGGCACUCAGUCCCUGUGUUCCAUGACGGACAGGAUGGUAGAAGAUUUCCUCUGCGGUGGACGCUUCGGUGAUGCGGUGACGAAAACUAGCUUUAUGGGCGCUUCCCCUCUGUCCUCUUGCCACUUGGUGAUGGACCAUCGUCAAAACGUUCUCCGUCUCGACGGCGGUGUAGGUCGGAGUCCGGACAUGAUCUUCGAUUCUUCGCAACCAGAGCGAUAUAACACACCCCAAACCGUCCCCCAGAACGGCCAGAGACAGCAGCGGGGGAAGGCAUGGGAAGAAGCUGCUAAGCCGGGCAUGCUUCGGUUUCAACCCAGGAGUCCAAUGGUCAAUGAGCAUGCCUGGCCGGCCUUCGAACUUCCCAGCGAUGUUGCUUUUGACGAAGGAGAACUCGAACUCUUUGUCCUCGUUGAUUCUAUGCAUCAUCGAUCCGAGCAAGCUCUUGAAGGCUUGCAGCUUUUGUGGUCCUCGCAGUGCAACAAAGGCGGUCGCCGAAUGCCGCAAAAUCACAUUGGUUUCCGGUCCCUUCCGUGGACCGUGACCACAAACCACCGUGACCGCGCAACAGAAGUAUGUGCGAUUUUUUGCCACCCAAUCUCCCUGCCGUCCCUCGCCGAGACGCCGCUCUUUUGGCUGAUGGCAAGCAGCCUCAGAAAAGACUUGGAAGCCUUGGACGAGAGCGGAGAGCCGAAAAAGGCGAAGGCCACGUCGUGCCAAACGUCGAAGUGGAUUGAGGCUGUGCCUCGCCACUUCACUAUUGGCUUGACAGAUUGUCUUCAGUAUGAUCUCCGGAACGAUGCCGAGUCAUAUGCCUUUUCCCCCAACUCGUCGUGGUAUGUGUACCCGCCCGAUGAUAACAAUUGGCAGACGUUGACGUUUCAACUUGUUUUGUCUCGGAUCCCACUCCCCGCUACCGCCCGGGCAGAAAAACCACAACAACAACAACAACAACAACCACAAGUUACAACGCCUGCAAGUCCCAACAGAUUCUCGCCACUCUCUUCCUUUCACCCUUCGGAGGAGACGCUUCCUAACCCCAUGGAUAUCGAAGCCGUCGGGAUGAUCGCCGACGAAUCGAUGACGCCAAUCCCAAAGGCCAAGAGGCUCAGCCCGUUACACUCCCGCAGACGGGGACGAGUCGCGACUCGCGGACUCUGUGGUUCGGAUGCCCUUGUGGGAGUACCGAACAGCCGUGCCGCGUCAUUCGCGUCUACCCUGACGUCCCCCUGGUAUGGUUGGGAUGGAUGGGAUGAAAUGCGUACUCAGACGAAACUCCUGAGUCCCGACUCCUGA